AUGGCUUUUAGCUCUCUGCUCUCUACCCUUGUGCUCGCCCUCGCCGUUGCCGCGAGCCCGGUUGCGAUCCCUCGGAACAACUUCGUGUCGCUUCCGAUCGCCAGACGCUUCAACGCCACCGGCACUGUUAACCUACUCGAACGGGAUCAGGCUCGUGCGGCCGCCCUCAAGUCGAAUGCACAGGCAAGACUGCAGGGCCGCGCAGCUAGUGUCGCCGCCACGAACGCUGCCGAUACCUACACUGUCCAGGUCGACAUCGGCUCUGCAGGCACUUCCUAUACACUCUUGGUUGACACCGGCUCUUCCAACACUUGGGUCGGUGCGGGCAAGGCGUUCGUGUCCUCUUCCUCCACUGUUGACACUGGCGAUGGUGUGUCGGUCACGUACGGCUCAGGCUCCUUCUCGGGUACCGAGUAUGAGGACACCGUCUCCUUGGGCAACGGAUUGACCAUCAGCUCGCAGUCCUUCGGUGUUGCAUCGACAUCUUCUGGGUUUUCAGGUGUUGACGGUAUCAUUGGUAUUGGCCCUGUAGAUCUGACUGAGGGUACGCUCAGUAACUCGAAUGCAGAGAUUCCCACUGUCACCGACAACCUCUACUCUCAGGGUGUCAUAUCCGAGGACCUCGUCGCGGUAUCCUUCGAGCCCACCACCUCCCAGAGCGUGACGAACGGUGAGCUUACCUUCGGUGGAACCGAUUCCUCGAAGUACACCGGCUCCAUUGCGUAUACGUCUCUCACGUCUACUUAUCCCGCCUCCUACUACUGGGGUAUCGAUGAGUCGAUCACUUAUGGUACCGAGACCAUCUUGAGCUCGACCGCCGGUAUCGUCGACACCGGUACCACCCUCAUCCUCAUUGCCAGCAACGCCUACAGCAAGUACGAGUCUGCUACCGGUGGCACGGCAGAUGCGAACACCGGUCUCCUCCGCAUUACAUCGACCCAGUACAGCAACCUCAAGACCCUGGACUUCAACAUCGGCGGCGUGACGUACGGGCUUACAGCCAAUGCCCAAAUCUGGCCUCGGGCGCUGAACACUUACAUCGGCGGCACCUCUGGCGACAUCUACCUCGUCGUCAACGACAUCGGCACCCCCUCCGGCGAGGGCCUCGACUUCAUCAACGGCUACACCUUCCUCGAACGCUUCUACUCCGUGUUCGACACUGGCAACAGCCGUGUUGGCUUUGCCACCACUUCGUACACGGCCGCGACAACUAACUAG